AUGGCUGAACCUUCAAGAAUGUCGAGAAUUUGGAAGCACAUCAAAGAAAUCUUCACCACAGGUGAAGGUCACUACAUCAACGAACAUGGAGAGACUGUUUAUGGCAAGCUUCCUAGGACGAAGGUCGAAAAUCCUAUUAGGACUGUAUGCCGACCAACGGCUAUGAACUAUCUCUUUUUCUUUGUUGGUUGGAUGGCAUGGACUAUGGACGGAUAUGAUUUCCAUACAGUCUCACUCUCGCUCUCCAGGUUGGCAGUAUAUUACGAUCAACACAGAGAGCACAUAGCAACGUCGAUCACAUUGACUCUGCUAUUCCGUUCUGUUGGUGCUGCGAUUUUUGGAAUUGCUGGUGAUCUCUACGGGCGUAAAUGGCCGAUGAUCAUCAACUUGGUUAUUAUUGCUGCCUUGCAGCUGGCCACCGCGUUCUGUGGGACAUUUUCAGAGUUCUUGGGAGUCCGUGCCCUCUUUGGUAUUGGGAUGGGUGGUAUCUGGGGUCUUGCAGCCUCUAUGGGUCUUGAAAAUAUGCCCAUGGAAGCCAGAGGGCUUUUCUCAGGAAUCUUGCAGCAAGGUUAUGCCCUUGGUUACUUGAUUGCGGCGGUCUUCAACCUAUACAUCGUCCCCGGCUCCCCGCACAGCUGGAAAGUGCUAUUCUACAUUGGCGCUGGUCUCACGAUGGCUGUCGCCAUUGCCCGUGUCUUCUUCCCUGAAUCUAGACAGUUCAUUGAAGCAAAGGCAAACCGUGAAGGGCCGCAAGGAAAGGAGAAGGUUAAGCUCUUCUUGGCAGAUGGAAAAAAGAUCAUGAGGGAAUACUGGAAGAGAGCUCUUUAUGCUAUUGUCAUGAUGGCACUCUUCAACUGUAUGUCUCACACUUCGCAGGAUAUGUACCCAACCUACAUGCAACAGACCAAGGGAUUCUCACCUGAGAUGUCAUCCAAGGCAACCAUCAUUGGUAAAACCGGUGCUCUCGUUGGUGGAACUAUCUGUGGUUACUACUCCCAAUUCCUCGGCCGUCGUUUUACCAUUAUGAUUGCCACCUUCAUCGGGGCUUGCCUAAUCCCCUCUGGGUACUCCCCAAUGACUGGCGCCUCCUCACUCUCGGCGCCUUCCUUAUCCAAUUCAUGGUUCAGGGCGCCUGGGGUGUCGUCCCUAUCCAUCUCCAGGAGCUUGCGCCCCCACAGUUCCGUUGCGUCCGCCAUCUCCGAGAAGUUGAUCAUCUACAUCCACGGCGAGGAGCGCCCUGACUACGGCAGCACCCAGGCGGCUAUGAUGUCGGUCAUCUUCGUGCUCCUGUUCAUCUGGAUUGCAUGCGGGACUGAGCAGCGCGGAAGUCACUUCGAGCUUGCUGCAGCUGCGGGUGAAGACCAGGGUCUCAGUAACAAGAUGAGGGCGGCGGAGGAGGUGGAGAUGGCGGCGAAGGCGGGAGGGGCCGGACAUGUGGAGACUGUUCCCGACCUGGGUGAUGGCCGGAAGAACUAA